CGGUACAUCAUCCUUUCAAUCUUUUUUUCCCGACAUUGAGGAGGCUACGCUACUGGCAAUCGGGCGUCACACAUUGAGGCCAUCCCUUCUCUUUAAACUGGACAUGCGCAUCUGGGAAAAACCUGUUGGUACUACUCUGGAGUUUGAGAAAUGGCUCAUUAGUACAACAUGAGAAAGAACCCUCACCCAAGGAUUACCCAUCUUGGGGAUCGCUUUAUUAUCCUCUUCUUCGUUAUUUCAGCAUUCUUCAGAUGCAGGUUCUGUCAAGUGGAAACAUCUUUGCGAUAUACUUGGAGUAUGAGUGGGCAGUGGUUCUAGAUUACCACUUUGCAGUUCAUGUGAGAUGACUUGUAGAGAUGUCACAAGGUGAUUACUCUAAAUGGGGUGAAGUUGAUGGUAUGCUAGUCAAUCGUCAUUUGAUCGGG